UCCCGCUCAUUUUUGAAUCGGGCGAAAUGUGGCGAAAAACGACAAGUGGGCGAAAAGGUUGUCACAACAAGCGAUGACGUUUUGUUUAUUUACUUUCCCUCCGAUUACGAUACUCGCGCGCAAGUUAUUUUCAGUUUUAUUUAAUUACUAGUUUUGGUUUAUUGUACAAUGAUUUAAAGUCAUUAGAUUAAGUAACGAAAAGUUUAACUUUUGUUUUACAAGUAACGUGUUAUAAUGUUAUCAAUGCGUUAGUUUUUCUGUUUGUGCAAAAGAGCUGAAGCCAGCUCAGUGGGGGUGAUCAUCAUUCGGUGUACAAAAAUAAAUUUCAACCUUGGGGUCAUUUGUGCGCGAAAAAUCUUUUCCCUACCGAAGAGAUCAGUGUUAGCAGCAUGUUUGUGAAUAGUAAAAGUGCUGCUUUCAUCACGCUUUUACUACUGGUUGCAGCGUUCCAUCCAGCAAACGCUUCGUUCCUUGAAUAUAUAUGGCCCACAGAAGAGAAUGGCGAUGCUUCAACGACAUUGGAUUCUUUCCCUUCCGUACCGUACGAGCUAACGGAUGGUGAGGAAAGCUUUAUACGAGAAGCUUCCAAAUGGAUCGGUAUGAACCUUUCCAAACUGGACAUGUGCCAUCAUCGUAUUAUUUUGAAGCUGAAAAAAUCCUGCCACGAGCUAAACGCCGAACAGAUGGGGAAACUUUCCGUGUGGCUACUCAACUGUCAGUCCGAUUCGGAAGGUCGUCCAGUUUAUCCCUGCACCGACGAAAUGUCGCUCAGCCAGUGUACCGAGCGUAUGAAUCCGGACACGUGGAAUGCGUACCAUCUGAUAACGAACCGUGCGAAGGCGGUGUGUGCCAGCGUACGGCACGAACAGUUCCGUGGACUUACUGAGUUGACGGUUAAUAAGCUUAUGAGUACGGCCCACGAACAGGUACGGCUGAUGGACGAACUGGCAGACAGUCAGCAAAAGUUGCAAACCAUCACGAAACAAGUGGUUGACGAGAUGGAAGGCAACAACGAGCGUAUAAUGCAUCAGCAGGGCGAUAUAAUGAAGCUAUCCGAGGUGCACCGCGCCAAGGUAGAGUCAAACUAUCGUGACUUGGUGCGCGAAAAGGGUCUCAUAAAGGCUGGUCAGCAAGAGGUCGCUAUGCUGCUGACCGAUCUACGCAAACGUAUCGAUGAUAGUGUGGCCCAGCUGGAGGUACAGUCGAAGCAAAGUAGAGUGAAUCACGACUCGCUUCUAACCGAUCUGGAACGACUGCAAGCGAAUGCGGCUAAAAUAGCGGAAAAAAUUGAAGAAACUGAAGUUCACUUUACGCAGCAUCAUCGUGCGGUAGAGGACCAGUACCGGUACACGCUGGAACAGGUACAACGCAUUAACGCCACCGUUGCCAAUAUGCUUGAAUCGCUCCGAACGCUGCAGCAAGAUUUUAAUCGCCAUUUAGCGUGGUUGGUUGAAAAAAUCGGUGGCAGUGAAAACAUUCUCCCGAAGCUGAAUGUAAUCUUGUUGCACUUUGGCUACCUUUUGCUGGGUAUGAUCUGUCUUGCGUUUGUCGGUGCGGAUCAAUUGUUGCGCGUUCUAUUUAUUGUCGCUGUGCCAGGGAAUUUAAUUGGUGGAUUGUUGGAAUUUUUCGAACCAGAUAUGUUGCGGUUAACGGUUGGAUUGGGAUGUGUAGCUGUGGUAGAUUUAUUGACACGCUCGGUUAAAAAGUUUCUCGAAUUGCGUGCCUCUUCAACGGCAGCGGCGACAACACAAAGAAAACAGAUUCCAACUCAAAAUAGUGCUACGAAUGGACAAUCUCGUCCCGUAGAGGAAAGUGAUGAAGAAGCUGAUGUAGCGUAUGAUCAUGGCUCGAUGCAACGUAGAAAAAGUGUCACUAGGGAACGAUCUACCAGUUCCACCGUUUUGGAUUCCGGUCGGCGUAGUGUUUCCCGGUUUGGUGAUGAUUUUGGCAGACGCAGUAUGACCCCACUGGAGCAGUCGUUUAGCGAACGUCAGCAUUGUACGGCCAUAACACUUCGGGGUGACCGUUGUCGUGGUUUUGCACUGGCUGGUACAGAAUUUUGCCGCCUGCAUGAACCGAGAGGACUGUGAAAGGUAGGUAAGGGGUAGAAAGUUAAAUUGUUUUACGUUGGUUGGGUUUAUGUUACUUAUGUCACGAAGUUUUUUUAUAUUAUUUUCCCAUGAUUUACAUUACCUCGCCGUUAUAAAUUACCUCAGCUAAAAUCGAACAAUUAAACAGUUCUGAAAGAUUGACAAUUUUAAUUAAUAGUUCAAAUGUUGCUUUUACUGUAAUUUUAAUGUUAUUUUUGUGUGAGUGAGGUUUACGGAAUUUUUUGCGA